ACUGCCUUGCACUGGGCUGCAGGAGCUGGGAAUGUGGAUGCUGUGCGACUGCUCCUGGACCAUGAUGUGCCAGUGGAUGAUGAGGACAGUGUAUGAAGGCAAACAUCUCUUGCUCAUCCUGCAAAUGUGUGCACUGCUGGGGGGUGCUGGGCUGGCUAAGGCUGCACCUUAGUUUUGAGUGGAUGGCACAAGGCACUGUGGUACCUGAGAAGCUGUAGCUUCUCUGCAAAGGUGUAGUGGCUUUUUGGAGCUUGCCACAUUUUGGGCUGCCUCUGUGCUUUGUCUUCUAGCCUCUUUUUCUGCAAGCACAGUGACCAGGAAAAUGUCUGGGAGGAUGCAAGAUUUUUAUAUAGCACAGGAAUGCUUAGCUUCUUGUCAUCAUGUUGAUGAGGCUUGUGGAAAUGCUAUGACUGCCAUCAAGUUCUCUCUUCCUCAUAACAACCAGGCCAGUGGACACCACUGACUAGGAGGUGGCAGUUAAGAGUUUGGAAUGAACGCACUUCUCCUGUCUGCUUGGUUUGGCCACCUCCAUGUCCUGCAUAUCCUUGUCAAUGCUGGGGCGAAGAUAAACUGUGUUAAUAAGAAUGGCAGGAACCUGCUUCAUUGUGCAGCACAGAGGGGACACCUCCGGGUGAUGGAAUUCAUCAUGGAGAACCUGGAAGAUGUGUGCGUGGAUCAGACAGACAAGAUGGACAGGACAGCAUUUCACCUGGCUGCAGAGCAUGGUCAGCUGGAGGUGGUGGAGUUCCUAAUCCGGCACGGUUGUUCUCACAGUGCUAAAGACAAGGAAAAGGAUACAGCACUGCAUUUAGCUGCUAAAAAUGGGCAUCUUUCUGUGCUGCAGAAGAUUGUAGAUGUUGGAGUUGACCUUGAUGAAAAGAACUUAGAAGGACUUACGUGUUUACACCUGGCUGCUGAGGGAGGUCACAGUGACUGUGUAAAGCUGCUCUUGCAAGCAGGUGCUGAUGUCAAUGUCCAAACUCAGAAGAAAAUGAAUUGCCUUCAUUAUGCAGCACUACAUGGCUAUGAGGAGAUAGCCAGGAUCCUUGUGGAUGCAGGAAUCCACGUCGAUGCUGUUAAUCAUCAAAAUGCUUCAGCGACACACUUGGCGGUACUGCAGAACUUCCCAGCACUGGUGAAGCUCCUCAUUGAUGCAGAGUGUGACCUUGACAUUCCAGAUAAUAGGCAGCAGACCUCACUUCACAUCGCUGCAGAGCACGGCAGGCAGGACAUCGCCGAGAUGAUUCUCAUUGCAGGAGUAAAUCUGAAACUAACGGACAAGCAGGGAAAAACAUCUCUGGAUGUUGCUGCCCGAGGCAAUCACAUCAACUUGGCAGACAUGAUUAUCAAGGCAGAUCGGUUUUACAAAUGGGAAAAGGACAACCUGAACAGUGACUCCAAUUCCUGGGUGGCAAAGCACUUGACCUUUAAGCAAGAUCACAGGGUGGAAACACAGCACAUUCGCUCAGUAAUGUGGAGGUUAGCCACUAAAUACCUCAAACCUGGUGAAUGGAAGAAGCUGGCACAUUACUGGAAAUUCACUGAUGCACAUAUUAGAGCCAUUGAGCAACAAUGGACAGGUACUGCAAGCUACAGGGAGCACGGCCACAGGAUGUUGCUAAUCUGGCUUCACGGUGUGAUCGUGGCAGGAGAAAAUCCAGUCAAGGGGUUGUACGAAGGUCUUGUGGGCAUUGGAAGAAGAGAUUUAGCAGAAAGCAUUCGGAAAAAAGCAAACGCAGACCCUGCUUCUCCAAAGAAGUGCACAGCAAUGUAACACCCACUGGUUGUCACUGGCUGUCUUAUGAGCUACAAGAGAAUCACUUGCUAUGCUACUUACCAGAAGGCAGCUAUAAGUUCAGUGCUUGUCAUAAAAGUCACUGCUGCUUCCUUCUUGGUCUGGAACUACCAGGAUAUCAGCAAACAGUAGCAGUCUAAAUGCCUCCUUUAUAAAGAAGUGGGAUUUUAUUGGCUAUUCCAUAUGUUCCAAAUACUGUAAUAGGAGGUAAGUCACAGCAUGGCAAGUGAGACUAUCAGGAAAUACUGCAGUAUUUUACUGUAACUUGUUUGUGUCACAAUUUUGUAUAUAAGUUUUUAAUUGUCAAUUUUAUAAACUGUGGAGAACACCUUUGUUUUGAGAAAUGUUCUUUGCUUAUCUGUUUUGUGUUUGUUUCUAGUGCUUGCGUCUUAGAUUUGGUCUCAACUUCCCUCUUAGCACAGGAGUUUGUUCAGAAAAGUUGAGGUGACUGCAUGGUCUGUGAUCUUUAAGGAGAAGAUUGUUAACUUCAUCGGUGUAACAUUUAUAAAUCAGAUGGGUAACUUGAAAAGCCUAGAUGAGCACGGAGUUAUCUGUGUUCUAGGAAACAAAGAGUGAAGUUGUUAAGACAACCUGAAGGCUGAUGUUUUCAUCCAGAGCACCGCUGUGUGGAUUUUACUGUUUUAACUCAAAGAUGUUAGCAUUGAUUAUUUUACAUAGUCUCUCAUAAGGCCAGUUUUCAUAAACACAGAUUUGACUCAUCAGCUUUUGUAUUUUUAGAGUGUUUUGAGUAGAAAUAAUGUCUGUAUUUCAAUGAAUCAGAAUUUUACUGUUAAAUUUGCACACUAUUGCAUAUUAUAUCCUAGUCAUCCUUUUCUUAAAAAAAGAAAAAAUACAUAAAGAAAGGAAUCCAACAAAAAAAAAAAAAAAAAGUGCAAUUCUCUCUCAUUGCUGACCCACCACAACCUUGUAAGUAGAACUGUUCAACACAAGAGGCAAGUUCAUGCAGAAGAUUCCUUAACUUCUAAAAGGUACCUGUACAGGUAGACCUAGACCUCAGAAAGCCACGCUUCUGUUCUCUUGUAAUCAGUAGAAGAGGCAAUUGCUGAAAUCGAAGUUUUAUUGAAAACUAUUUUUAACAGCUAGCAAGAAAGUUAAAAAUUUCAAAUAGAAACUAACUUGCAACACAACAUUUAGAGCAAAUAAGUGAUGGCAACAUUGGCACUUAAACAUCUUUUAAAUCAAAUAUUCAACAAAAAUAUAUGUCAGCUUAUAAGUACACAAACUGCAUGUGGCAAUAUAUACAGCUGAGUGAAAAUAUAAAAAGAAAUACCAUUCUGUGUGAGAACAUGAUAGUGAAGACUUUGGUAGCAAAAAUGUCCUUGUUUUUAAAACUGUAGUCUUCCAAGGUACUUUCUUGAAUUCAGAGACUGAAAAUUAAACAGAUGCCCUGUUACAGUGCUGAAUGCUCAUUGUCCGCGAGCGGCUCACUGACUUGAUCCUGCUGGAGUCGCACAGUGGUAACCGGCUGACACAAGGAGAAAGGCAGAGUAGGAACAGAUGAUUGUACACAGGAAGACCACCAAACCGAUGCCUCAUUCUCAUUGGCAGUCAUAAACCUACUGCUCUUCUUGCUCACUACUGCUAUGAAGACUGAUCUUUUGGACCUCUAGUUCUUCUGCGCUGACCAUAGAGGGAUCAAUGGCUGCAUACCGAGUACCAUGGAACUGCAGUAAAUGAAUCUGUUAGAUACAGAAAAUAAGAGUGACACUGGUGCAGAGUGAGACAUUCUAUAAGGGUUAUUUUUCUGAGAGGAUGAAAUUGUUGGCCUGGAAUACAAGAGUACAGAUGAGGGACAGAGGAAACAGCCAGCAACCAAGCCCCCAAAGCCAACCCUUGAUAAACAUGGCAACCUGCAGUGCAGUUCUUCUGUAACAGUGAUAUGGGAGCAUGAGUAAACAGAGCAGGCAGGCAAGAAAAAAGAAAAAAAGAGAGAGCUCAGAAAAAGUUUCCUAUUGCUGUUUCAGCAACACAGCUGUAGAUUAGGUUUGAAUGCAGACACUCACUUGAAUGUAUAAAUUGACCUCAGCACUCCUGCAGAGAUAAGGGAAAUUGCCUCCUGUUUUGAGAUGAGCUCUUCUGGCAUUAGGAUAAAGCUUAUACAUUUCUUCUUUUGCUUCAGUUGAGAGCGCGCUCUGGUCAAACACCUGUGCAACAAGUCACAACAGUUAAUUAGGAGUCUAGUCAGAUUUUGCUUAUUAAAUCAAAUGGGUGGGCCCUGUUUCUAGAAGCAGUUGCCAGCUUGUCUGUGGAACAGUUUUAAUGAAACAGAAAACAAGCAAACAAGUUAAGCAUCAGCGACUAGAAAGCUAACACUGAUAGGUAAACAUUUGGGUAUUCUGUGCAGUAACAGCCAUUAGCUCAACACAGAAAAGCCACUGUCUUAUCCAGUCAGUAGAAAAAACUAUUUAAAUGCAAAAUUAAACGCUGCAAAUACUUAUUAAGUUGCUAACACAAUACCCAGGCCCUGCUUUCCAAGAGGAGGAAGUGAUGUCUGGGGAAAAAAAGUAUUUAAAAAAAUGAAGGUGAAAUAAACUUACAUCCAUAAUAGUUACAGGGAUAUCUCGAAUUUUAUGAGGUUCCACAUAGGAGUUCUGGCAAUUGAGGGUUAGUCUUGAGGCAAGCUCACUCUGGCCCAGACUCUCCAGCUUUCAGUAGAGACAAAUACUGAUUAAUAACAUAUUUCACUGCAGGAAGUUAAUGCAGUAGUAACAACAGAGCCAAAGAGAAGACAGCUCCUUAGUUUUAAAGGGAAACAAGACUGCACUUCAGAUAAGAAUUACUGUUCCAACUUAGUAUCUCUCUGCAUGAGACAAAUACUUAAAAUGUUUAAUUAAUUGUUCCUGCCUCCAGAGCAUAGCCUGUAUCUCAGCACUUUAUUCCUCUCCAUCUCUUUCUUAGCCACUUCCCAUAUACAUAAGUAAAUGGAGUCGUAAGGCAGACAAGUCACAGCAACAGCUAAAUUGCAAGGGCUGUCACAGCCAACACCUGCUGAGAAUCCAUCCACCGUUCACUUCUGGGUACGUAAACGAAGAAAGCAGAAGAAAUAUCUACGACCUCCCGUCUACUGAGUGAAUCUCUCACAAAGACUGACAUUACAGCCAUUGGAGUGCACAGCCACCUACCCUGUCCACCAUGAAAUCAAUCCCGUCAGCCAUUUCAGGAUCUAAAGGACCAGAUGCAAAAUUCCCAAGGACAAUUUUUUUCAGCAUAAAAGCAGGCAUCAGCCAAAAGCUAAAACAGAAACGAGAUGUAACCAUCAGAAUUAAGAUGCUUUCUUUUAAGACCUCCCUUUUCUUGCACUGACUUUGUGCAAGAAUUUCAAAUGAAAUUGUGAAGAGCUUCGAGAGCAGAGCUGGAAAACCUUGCAAAUAAGUGAUUGAAAUGUUCUGGAAAGCUGCUGCGUUGCAAGGGUGUAUUUUAAACAUGGUGAAUAGCACUCUAAAAGGUUUUGCUGGAAAUCAAGUAGAAUUCUUAAGACUGGCCACAUCCUUAGAGAAUCACAGGAAAUAAAUGCAAGAGUGGUCUGUCAAA